CCCACCGGUGGUAACUCAGGAGCAAUCCGUUCCCGCGGUUUGCAGAGAUUGACCGUACAGUUUUCCGAUUAGGGUUCAACAGAGAGUGUGAAGACGAUACCGUGAGAGAAUCCGAAUCGAUCACAGACAUGUUUGGGUUGAAGCGAUUAGUUCCUCAUACUUGCUCGAUUCGAACUUCUUUAACAAUGCAGCUCUCUGGUUACCAGGAAAAAUUGCUUGUUUUUCCUUCGCAGCACUUAGCUCAGCUGACUUCCAAUCGCUUUCUCGACAUUUAUCAGCUUGGAAACAAAACAGCCAUUGAGAAAGAGCGCGCUCGACUUGCAGAUGAAAUAAACAGAGGAUACUUUGCUGAUAUUGCAGAGCUUAAGCAACAUGGUGGAAAGAUUGCAGCAGCUAACAAGAUUCUGAUUCCGGCUAUGGCUGCUGUAAAAUUUCCCGAGUUUGAAGUGAGCUAUUCUGAUGGUAAAUCGUUGAAGCUACCCAUUAAAUUCGAUGCUAAUGAGGUUGAAGGCAACAGUUUGGCAUCGGCCUUGCCUUUGGCCACAUUACUGUGUCUUUCUUUCAGAGCAAGCUCCCAGGCCAUGAUUAAUUCUUGGAGUGCCCCUUUUCUUGAUGCCUUUUCGAGUUCAAAGAAUGUCCAGUUAUACGAGGUUUCGUUUAUAGACUCGUGGUUGUUAUGUCGGAACCCAAUUAAGAAAGUGCUUCUUCGGCUGAUGAGGAAAUCCAGUGACAAUGCACAGAAUGACUCACUUCAAAGGAAGAUUGUAUACUCGUUUGGCGACCAUUAUUACUUCAGAAAGGAGCUCAAAAUACUAAAUCUUCUCUCUGGGUAUAUAUUUCUGCUUGACAAAUUUGGUAGAAUAAGAUGGCAAGGGUUUGGAUUGGCAACUCAAGAGGAGGUGUCAUCUCUUCUUUCAUGCGCGUCACUUCUUUUGGAAGAGAAAUAAAACUUAUCCUCCAUAAAAUGAUUUGGGGUCGGAAGUCUAUUUUCUGACGAUGCAGCAAGAAAAAUUAGCAGAUGAUUACUGGAAUGGGUAUUUAUCAAUAAGGAUGAUCUGAUUUUCGAAUGGUGUGAAUUAACGCCAAGGAAAGAUUUUGUGAGUUAAUUUCUAGAAAGCCACUAUUAUAUAUGUUAAAGUCAAGUUGUCAAAUGUAAGAUGACGACUCUUUUUGUUAUAUAAUGUAUGCUCAUUUUAUUUCCAAGGUUUUGUUUGU